UUUCUCAAUAUCUCCAUAAAAUAUUUCACAAAGCUUUCAAUUGAUACAAUUGAACUCUUCUUCAUUCAAAAUUCAAAAAAAUCAUACCUUAAUAUAAUCAACAAUUUGAAAUAUAUACUUGAGCUGAAGACGAUCGAAUCGAUGGCGCGGCGAAUAGGGAUGAGAGAAAUUUGUUGUUCUCCAAAAGGUUCAUCAAAGUCUGAUACUCCUAAUUCUCCAUCAACUUCAUUAUUUUCUUCCCCAUCACGUUUCUCGUUUUCGCCAUCUCGUCCGAGUUUUUCCGCUUCAGUUAUGAAUCGGUCACUCGAGAUGGCGGAACCGAUGAUCAUGAAAUGGGAUCCUAACACCACUACCUUCGCCAAAGUCACUUCUCUUUUCUACGAAAACAGAAGAGAAGCCAAGGAUUUCAUCAAGUGUGUGUAUAAUUUACAGAAAGCGAUGCACUUUCAUUCCAUGGAAAAUUCAAAAUCCGAUAAACUUGUUCGUGCUCAAUCACUGAUGCAAGUUGCAGUUAAGAGACUCCAGAAGGAGUUUUACCAGAUUCUAUCAAUGAAUAGAGCUUAUUUAGAUCCGGAAUCGAUAACUACAGUCUCUUCUCGAACUUCAACUCGUUCGAGUUUGUCUGAGUUUGAAGAUGAAGAAGAUGAUGAUCGUAUUGUUGCAGUUGCUGGUGAGUCGAUUUCAGAAGUAGAGGAUGUAUCGAAUGUUGCCAUGGCGGAUUUAAAAUUGAUUGCAGAGUGCAUGAUUUCAUCUGGUUACGCGAAAGAGUGUGUGAAGAUUUACAACGUUAUACGUAAAUCGAUCAUCGAUGAAGCUAUUUAUAAACUCGGUGUUGAGAAAUUGAGUUCUUCGCAAGUUCAUAAAAUGGAUUGGGAAGUUUUGGAACUGAAAAUUAAGGAUUGGCUUCGAGCAGUAGAUGUAGCCGUGAAAAUAUUGUUCAACGGAGAGAGAAUUCUCUGCGAUCACGUUUUUUUGUCCAAUGAUUCAAUAAGAGAAUCGUGUUUUACUGAAAUUUCAAAAGAUGGAUCCAUGAUUCUGUUUACCUUCCCGGAAAUUGUGGCGAAAAACUGUAAAAAAUCGCCGGAAAAAGUUUUCCGUCUGCUCGAUAUGUACACCGCCAUCGUUGAACACUGGCCGGAAAUUGAAGCUAUAUUUUCUUCCGAUUCAGAAUCCAUUACCCGAUCUCAAGUUUUAACAUCACACGAUAAGCUCGGCGAGUCUAUAAGGACGGGUUUAACUGAAUUUGAGACAGUUCUACAGAAGGAAUCGUCAAAAACACCGAUCGCCGGCGGUGGAAUCCACUAUCUCACCAUCGAUGUAAUGGAUUACAUCACUCUACUUGCCGAUUACAGUAGCGUACUCUCUGAUAUCCUCGCCGAAUCUCCUCCUCCGGCCAAAGGUUCGUUGCCGGAAUCAUACUUUGGUAUAGCUGAUUCCCAUGAGUCUCCGGCACCAGCUAUCUCACUCCGAUUCGCUUGGCUGAUUCUCAUUCUCCUCUGCAAACUUGACGGAAAAGCAAAGCACUACAAGGACAGUUCCUUCGCGUAUCUCUUCUUAGCCAACAAUCUCCGGUACAUCUCCAUAAAAGUACGUUCAUCGAAUCUCAAAUACUUGUUAGGCGAAAAUUGGUUAUCAAAACACGAGGUAAAGGUCAAGAAAUUCGCAUCGAAUUACGAACGGUUAGGAUGGAGCCACGUCAUUGAAUCCCUCCCCUCUCAAGAGCCGCCAUCAAUGGCUUCACAACAAGUGAAGGAGAUUUUCAAGAGAUUCAAUUCAUCAUUCGAACAAGCUUACCAGAAGCAUUCCAUGUGCGUUGUCACUGAUAGUAAUCUCCGCGAUGAUUUAAAAAUAUCCAUCGCGGAGAAAAUACUACCAGCUUACAGAGAGUUUUACGAUAAACAUAAGAAUACGAUAGUAAGAGAAAGACAUUCAGCUCAUGUGGUUAAAUUUUCUCCAGAGAAUGUAGAAAAUCAGUUGUCCGAUUUAUUUUUUGGACCGAUUAAUUUAGAAAGUUGUUUAUCAUUUGAGUUUUCUCCAUUGCGAUUGCGAUAA